AUGUGCUCAUAUCACAAGGAGCGCGAUCAUUACACCACACAGUGCCAGCCUUUCAAACGGUACCUAGAAGAGCUUGCUGCAGCUGGGCAUUUAAAUCAAUGGAUUGACGUUCGGCGAAAUCCACUUCUUCCACCUCCGUCAAUAAUCGGCAAUUUCGUAAGCUUUAUACAGGGGUUGGUUUCCGAAAAUAAGGCAGCCGAGCUUCGUUUGGAGAUUGACAAAGCCAUCACGUCUCUGCUUGUCUGUAGCGUCGGCGUCUCGGGAAAACGAAAAUGGGAAGAUCCGAGCUUCGACAACCAUAUUACUUUCUCAUCCGACAACCUGAAAGGUGUGCAAUUCCCUCAUACGGACGCCCUCGUUGUUACUGUUGCUAUUGAAAAGUCGACCGUUCAACGAGUAUUGAUAGAUCAAGGAAGCUCGGCGGACGUAAUGUUUUAUUCAACAUUCCAGAGCGUCGGAUUAUCUCCCGCUCAACUUUGGACUGCGUCUACUCCCCUCGUCAGUUUUACUGGAGCCCCGGUUUGGCCACUCGGCUUAAUCACCCUCCCCGUGCGAGCUGGAUCACGGGUCCUUGAGAUCAAAUUUGUGGUGGUUGCUUCUCCCAACCCGUACAACGUAAUACUCGGCCAAACCUGGCUGCACGAGAUGAAGGCAGUAGCUUCUACCUUUCACCAGGUGGUAAAGUUUAUUGGUUGGAAUGGGCGUCAGGAGAGCCUCAGAGGGGAUCAGAUUCAAUCAAAGAAAUGCUACAUCAGCACCGUAACAAACAGACAGAGCUUUAAAGGAGGUACAAUGCGUGGCAGCCGCUCUUGUCCCAUCAAUCGAAGAUGUUGGUGUGUCAGUCGAGCAAGGUCAACCAAAAAGCUAUUACGAUUUUCAAUUCCCGGGAGUGAAGGCAGAUAUUUUCUAAUUGGGAGUUCCUUGAGCGUGGCCGAACGCGAGGAGAUGUAUGACUUCCUAAUAUGA